AUCUACCUGGUGGACACAGCCGGGACGCGCACCACAACCGACACUCACCGAUCUGACCAAGGACUACACCCUGGCAGUGUUCUAUGACGACUCGCGGCAUGGUCCCUCUUAUAUGGCUGAAGCCCAUGACGUGAUUGCCAAUUCAGCUUACACCUGUACCGAGGAUGGCACUGAGAUCUAUGACAUAAACGGAUUUCGCAUCACCCAGGCAGCCGAUGGCCUGGUGAAGGUCACUCGUGUGGACAACAAGUGCUUGAUUCGCACCAGUCCCGGCAAUGGAUCGGCCACUUUGACCACACCUGGCAUCCAUUGCACUGCCUCUCUGGGCAAGACCUCGCAUCUGUUUGUUCGUCGCAAUGAGAAGCGCAUGCACUUCGAUGGAUCCUGUUUCAUUGUACGUAACGCCGGACACUCCGCCGGCUUCAAUGAGAACAACCUGCUCAUUGUCUUCUGAGCGGCGUUCGUAGUCCGGAGAUAGAAACGGCGCAGUGGUAGCCCAUCCCACACGCACACACUCACACAUGUCAACACAUUUCACCUGGAACACAUACAUAGACACCUACAGCAGCACACUUGAGGGACCUUGACAUGGAGAGAGGGAUUCAGUUAGGAUCCCGGAAUUUAGGAAUAUCAAAAUCAAUUUG